AUGUUUGAUCCACUAGGUGUUGGAAUAAUCACCAACGUGAUGUUCAAAGCUAUUCAAAAUGUUCGACCAGCUUGGUCUUUUAUUCGACCACUCACAUCCACAGCAGUGGUUUCAACAAUUCCUAAAAAGAACAAAAUGCCACCAAGACCUUUAUGGCUAGUCAAAGAAGACGAAAUCAAAGAAGUAUUCAUCAAAGGAGGAACCGGAGCUGGGGGACAAAAGAUCAAUAAGACAAAUAGCAAGGUGCAAUUGACUCAUUUACCUACUGGUAUUGUUGUCACGUGCCAAUAUUCUCGGUCUCAAGAACAAAAUCGGAAACGUGCAAGAGAAUUGUUGGCGUUGAAGUUAGAAGAGUUGGAAAAUCCCGAGAGUUGUAGAAAUGCGGUAUUGAAAGAGCGAGCUCAAAAGGUCAAACAGAGCAAAAGUAAGAAGUCUAAGCGGAAGAAAAGAAAGAGCAAGCGGAGGAAGAAGCUGAGGCUGAAGAAAAUAUAUAAAUUUGCUUGGCACAUUACAGAGCUUUAUUUUCUAAGUAGUAACCAAACUACAGAGGUACGAUAG